AUGUAAUAUUAAAAUUAAGAUCAGAGUUAAAAAUAGAGUAAAUUUAAAUAUAUAAGUCUUUAGAGGAAAAAAGAUAAUAUAAAAAGAAGGAACAAUUAGUGGAAAAGUUAAAUAUAUUUCGAAUUUUUGAAUGUAUUAAUAUUUAAAAUAUUAAUUUAGUAAAGCGAAUAAGAAUUUGA